AUACGGUUCUACAUUGAUUUGGAACCUUAAUGCAAGGUUGCGCUUCACACUUCACCAAAGAUACUCUGUUUUAGAAACGUUCAGUGUUUAGAUUCCAAACAAGUUUUUAGCUGAUUUCUUGAAGAAAUAUGCCGAAAUCUUUCAUGGUGAAAAAUUCUAGGAGAUGGAACCCGACAAGAAGUCCAGAAAGUGUAAAAGAGGUAGAAGAUACCUCCAGCAUCGGUGAAGAUAUUAGACAGAGCUCUAUACCGGAAGAUAAAGACUUUGAUGAAGAAUCGAAAGACUUGACUUUCCAGGCUCUUUUCCAUCACUACUUAUCUGCUCUAGAAAGAAGACAUCGCCAGAUUGAUUACAGAUCUUGCUCGGAUAUGCUUCAUUCAAUUCCCAAACAAUUGUUUUUGUUUGAAUCGGAGGGGCGACUUACAGACGUUGGUAACUGCUUUCGAUGUCACUUGCUCACACCAUUCCUUGAAAUACAUUCCCAGAAUUCCAUUUCUCAACCAGUAUUAGACGUAGACGAGGAUUCGUCCCACUCGUCAUCAAACUGGGCGGAGCGACAGUUGCUAUUUGAUACAACUUUACAGGAUACAUGUAUGUCUGAUUUUCACAGGACAUUCCGUUGCCCGGAGUGCGGAAAGGCUUUCAAACGAUCGUCAACUCUCAACACACACAUGCUGAUUCAUAGUGAUACAAGACCAUAUCCAUGUCAAUACUGUGGGAAAAGAUUUCACCAAAAGUCUGAUAUGAAAAAGCAUACGUUUAUUCAUACAGGUGAGAAACCUCACAAGUGUAACGUAUGUGGAAAAGCCUUCAGCCAGUCCUCUAACCUUAUCACACACAGUCGUAAACAUACCGGAUUCAAGCCAUUUAAGUGCGACAAGUGCAGUCGAAAUUUUCAGCGAAAGGUUGACCUUCGUCGCCACCUAGAAACCAACCAUAAGACUGACUGAACUUUCACACUGUAAGGAUCUAGAGAGCGUCCGUAACUUUGCUUAGAAUGAUAAGCUAUAACACGGAUUGCUACGAAUUGUGCAAACUACGAUUAGGUAAUUCCUACGCCAUCAAGACACUCCGCGAUAAACUAGCUCCCAUCAAUUAAUUGGGAUAAGACAGAAAAUAGUUUUCCGUGUUUUUGAUUAAUGAUUGGUAAUAAUCAGUACAUGUGAAAAAAAAAUCAAUUUAGCCUUUAGAUUUAGUCUGACAUUUAUAUAUCAUCAAUAAUUUUAUUUGUUACUGUUUUAGAGAGCAAGAGAACACGUAGUUCUGUAUACUCAACUGUAUGGUUAUAGUAAAUAUUAUGAUAUUAACAUCACUAUGUGUACUUUCAAUCGAAAUAAUUCGAUUUAAAUUCGUUUUAUGGAUGUGUCUGUCAAAUCACUAUUUUACAACGCAGCACUUGAUACAUGUACAUUUGUUUAGGGGUUUCAUCAGGGUUUUUGCGUCAAACUUUCCAACAACCGUAACAAAAAAUUCUUCAUAAAAGAACGCUAAAGACUGAAUCAAGUAAUUCAAAUAAAAAUUUCAAUAAAAUAUAUCAAAAGUUUUGGUAUACAUGUACACUAUAAAUGUCAAAAGAUAGAAAAUAUUCUACCUUUCGACAAUAUCGAGCAAAGAGAUACAUGUAUACCAUAUUCAAAUUGGAAUUUUUGAUCACUAGCAUGUUUGACAAUAAUAGAGUUUAUACAAAAUGCAUGUCAUUGUUUUAACCGUUAUCUAACCUGUUUAAAAGAAGCAAAUAAACAAGCAUUCACAGCAAUGACCUCAUAUUGAU